AUGUCUUAUGUCAAGAAACUUUCUUUGUUCAUCAUAGUUAUUCUCGCGGUAUUCAUUGCCGUUAAUUGUGCCUCUCCAGCUUUUGCACCGGAGGGUUUCAGCAUUCUUCGAAAACGUCAAACCCCUAAACCAAAUUGUGUCGGUGAUUAUUGUCCUGAACCAGAAUGUGUCGAUGAUGAUGCUACCAAAUGUCCAUGUGUCACAAUUAAGUGUUCGGUGAUACCAACCUCGACGGCUGAGUCGAAUUUUCAUAUGAUUGAAGUUGCUUUUCCAAAUUGA